AUGGAAAUGUUUAGGGAAGGAGGAUCAACCUCAAGACCUCCGAUGUUGGAAGGUGAUAACUAUCCAUACUGGAAGACAAAGAUGCGGGCUUUCUUGAGAGCUGUUGAUGAAAAAGUCUGGAUGUCCAUUGAAGAAGGAUGGUCAAAACCAACGUUAAUGGAGAAUGAAAUAGUUAUCCCUAAACCCAUGAGCCGAUGGACCACGAACGAAAUAGAAAGGGCUAACUUCAACUCAAAGGCCUUACAUGCUCUGUUUAAUGCUGCCUCCACGAACCAGUUAAAUGUCAUUGCUAACUGUGAAAUUGCAAAGGAAGCAUGGGAGAAGCUGAAAAUUAAAAACGAGGGGACAGAUGCUGUCAAGAAAUCAAGGUUGUGUGCCUUGGCCAAGGCUUUUGAAAAUCUGACCAUAGAGGAGGACGAGUCAGUAGCUGAAUUUCAUGCCAAGUUGUGUGAUAUCUCCAAUGAGUCCUAUGCUCUGGGGAAAACCUACUCUAAUUCAAAAUGGGUUCGAAAAGUUCUUGGAGUUCUCCCUAGAAGAUUUAUGUCCACAGUAACCUCAAUUGAAGAAAUGAGAAACAUUGAGGAACUUGAUCUUGAUGAACUCAUUGGGUCCCUGCAAAAUUAUGAGUUGUCACUGUCCAGGUGGAAGAAAACCAAGAAACAGAAGGAUGUAGAAAAGGAUAAAUUUGAUGCGAGUAUAGCCCUCAUUCAUCAAGAAAACAAGAAACUGGUUCUAGAGGAAUUGAAUGGCAUUACUGAUGAGACUGUUGCCUUGAUAAUGAGAAACUAUGCUAAAUUCUUGAAAAAGAACUACAAAAUAAAAUUUCCAGGUGAUAAAGAAAAUACUCUCAAGAAAAACAAAGGUGGAAACUUCAAACAAGGACAACCAUCUACUGAUCAAAAGAAUCGAGGAAUCAAAUGCAGAGAGUGUGACGGAUAUGGCCACAUCCAGGUCGAGUGCGCAAACACACUCAAAAAGAAGGAGGCCCUUGCAGAAACUUGGAGUGAUAAUGAAGAAGAAAAGAACUCCACUGCCAGUGAAAGCACGGAUGAGGAUAAGCAGGUACUGGCGUUCAUGGCCCAAAGCUGUCACCCAGUUGAGUCUGAAGAUGAUGCAGUCUCCACUUCAUCAGAAGUCGAUACCGUAGGUUGA